AUGUCAAUAAAAGAAGAAGACCGCACAAGUAUGAACAUGAUGGAUAUACGCACAUCCGCACCAAUGCAACCAGUGAUGAUGGUCCCUAAACCACCGGCUAAUGCUGGACCCAUUGCUCUCAUGGGCUUCGGUAUGACUACUCUAUUGCUGAACUUCUACAAUACUGGUAUCGCAGAAUCAGGUACCAUUGGACUCAUCGCGUGCUACGGUAUCUUUCAUGGUGGGCUCGCCCAGCUUCUGGCUGGAAUGUGGGAGAUGUCCGCCGGCAAGAUAUUCACUGGGACUGCUUUCACUUCAUACGGCGUAUUCUGGAUGGGACUCGGUCUAUUUGACGGGCUCAUAGUAACAGGGAAUUUACAGCCAGGAGACAUCAGUGAAGGCAAGUGUAUCUGGCUGUGCAUCUGGGGUUGCGUAACCUUUUUGAUGUUCCUGGUUACAUUACGAGCCAAUCGAGUUGUACAGUUUUUAUUCCUGUCGGCGACUUUUUUGAUCUUCGGGUUGGCGGGUGGCGUGUACAACGAAACAGUGCACAAGGUUGCAGGUGCGAUAGGUAUCGCCUGCGGAAGCUCAGCCAUGUACCUUGGCUGGGCUGAGCUGAUGAAUGAGGUGUACGAGCGGGAGAUUAUCCCCCCUUUUCUAGGCUAA